UUUCCUCUGGGUCACAGCGCAGGCGCAUAGGAUGUGUGGCGCCGCGCGAGGUGUAGUGUGUCGCCUCGGGCAUCUCCUCGCGGCUCUGCGGAGCUGAGCAGGGUCGCCGCGGCGUGGGCAUCAUGUCAGACAACGAAGACAAUUUUGAUGGUGACGACUUUGAUGAUGUGGAGGAGGAUGAAGGACUAGGUGACUUGGAGAAUGCCGAGGAGGAGGGCCAGGAGAAUGUUGAGAUCCUCCCCUCUGGAGAGCGACCACAGGCCAACCAGAAGCGAAUCACCACACCAUACAUGACCAAAUAUGAGCGAGCCCGUGUGCUGGGCACCAGAGCUCUCCAGAUUGCGAUGUGUGCCCCCGUGAUGGUGGAGUUGGAGGGGGAGACAGAUCCCUUGCUCAUCGCCAUGAAAGAGCUCAAGGCCCGAAAGAUCCCCAUCAUCAUUCGCCGCUACCUGCCAGAUGGGAGCUAUGAAGACUGGGGGGUAGACGAGCUCAUCAUCACUGACUGAGCUGCAGUCAUCUUCCUGACUGGGCCUCACCCCCAGGGUCUCUUCUCAUAUUCUUUAUAUGUGUAAAUAAUAAACUGUUAAGCCUUCCCACCC